AUGCAUUCUCAACGGGUUCCUUAUAUUCCUGUUGGAUGUGUUGGAAUAUCACAACAGGACAGCUAUAUCAGCCAAGAAGAUUGGCUAUCUAACGAAAACCGAACAUGGAGAAGUUUCACGCGGCAUCAUGACACUCUGAACAAUGGUGGGCAUGCUAUCCCAUCCGAUACGCCGGGCAUCAAUCCCAAUCUGCAAGAGUCGCUCCUGAAGUGUUCAGAACUUUCGUCAUUGGGCCGGUUAUUUCAUGCUCAUUGGUGCAAGCUCGAAUUUUGCGUCAGUACCCUAGGCAAUCAUCUGGGAAUUGUCAGGGUAUACUUGCUUCCAGAUGAUGUUCUGCGCCGUUCGGUUGAUCGCUCUGAUUCAAGCUUGGAGAAAGCGAGGUUGUUGGUACUCCGUUCUCUCGAUUAUUCACCAUGCGCUUGGAAAGCUAUCAAGGAGCCGGAUCACUCAGGUCGCCCAGUGCUUGAAGAUCCCAGCUCCAUCGACAAUGAUAAGGAUGUCUCGCUCCUGCAACUAUUCAAUACCAUUCCCUCGCCUUGCCCAGACUUAAAUGCUGUCGAUGAGCCGUACACGCAGGAUGCAAUGUACAAUCUCAUGGAGAGCCAGGUACCGGGGCUCAAAACCGAGUUGUAUUCUCACCAAAGAAGAUCCGCGGCUGUGAUGCUACAGAAGGAGACACAGCCCGGUCAGAUUCUUGACCCUCGACUGCUGCAUCUCAAGGACACAAGUGGCUCUCAUUGGUACAUGGAUCCUGUAACCGGAGUUGUUCUUUUGGAGCCACGAUAUUACGACGGAGUUUGUGGGGGAAUUCUGGCAGAACAAAUGGGGUCAGGCAAAACAGCCAUUUGCCUUGCGCUGAUACUUGCGACGAAGCAUUUAUCGACAAGCCCGCCUGACUUUUACAAAGCUGGCGAACCGCCCGUCAGACGAAGAAUCGCAUCCCUCGCCGAUAUGGCUGCUUCUUGCGCCACACGCCAUGCCGUUCCCUGGAAAUCUCAUUUCGAAGCGUGGAAAGAACAGCAUGGAUAUGAAUUUAGCCACUGUAGCGACGCCCUUUCGAGAAAUCGCGGUUAUUAUUUUCUCCCCGCCCCCGAACCUCGUCGCGGUGGGCGAUACAACACUCCAUGCCAUGUGCCGCCCAAGAAGAUCUAUCUGAGUAUGGCAUCUGUCGUUAUCGUUCCCAACAACUUGGUCGCACAAUGGAGACAGGAGAUCCACAAACACACCGAAGGGCUCAAAGUGUUGAUCCUUGGAAAGAAUGAUGAAAUUCCAUCGCUUGAAGAUAUUCUGACGUAUGACAUCCUCCUAUUUUCUCAAACAAGAUUUGAGAUGAUUCACAAACAAUUUGCUGGUGUCGACAGCUCCAUCUUCUCCUCCAUCCAUUUCAAACGAUGUAUCGUAGAUGAAGGACACAAACUUGGUAACUCGAAAAUGAGCAACAGAAGCAAUCUUUUGAUUGGUUUGGAUUCAAUGCACUUCUCCUCUCGCUGGAUUGUCACUGGAACUCCCUCUCACGGCUUGUAUGGGGUGGAAAAGUCCCAAGCUGCCACAACACACACCCACACUUCGAGUACUCAGUCUCCGAUCCCGGAUAAUAAAUCGAAUCAAACUGACAAAUUUUCGACCGAUGAAAAAAAGGACCUCGAGAGAAUCGGAGCCAUUGCCGCUCUGUAUCUAAAAGCUCGGCCUUGGGCAAACACCAUAAUCGAAGGUGGCGAUACAUUGGCUGACUGGACCACCUAUCUAAUGCUCCCAAAGCAUAGUUCCAGGAGUCAGGGUCGAUGGAAUUGUUUGGAAUCUACUCUCAACACCCUCAUCAUCCGCCAUCGUAUAUCGGAGAUUGGCGCUCUUUUACCGUCUGUGAACGAGAAGAUUAUUGUUCUUGACGGUUCGUAUCAGGACCAGCUGUCUCUCAACUUGUUUUCUAUGAUGAUAGUAUUCAACUCUGUCCAGUCGCAGCGCGAAGACAUGGAUUAUUUCUUCCAUCAAAAGCAAAGAAAAGCUCUCCUACAAAUUGUACAGAAUUUAAAACAGGCGAGCUUUUUUGGAGGAUCUUUCUUUACUGCUGAUGAAAUCGCCAAGUCUGUUGAAACCGCCGAGAAAUUCUUAGCGGAGCGGAAGGUUCCUAUCAGUCCCGAAGAUGAAUCAUUACUCCAGGAGGCCAUCCAAUUCGGCAAUUUGGCAAUGACAAAUAAGCUAAGAAAUCUGACGAACCAAUUCCACGAAAUGGCCGUGUCGGUCACGGGCUUCCCUGGUAAUGCUGGCGAAUCCUGGUCCCUUGAUGGUGCAUCUGCGGAGAACGGCAUAUGUACCUCUACCAGCAUGCUGCUAUCCCUUCAGAAACUAAUUUACAAUGCGGCUGGAAGCGAAGAGAAGCUAAACUCUCUUUUGAAUGGCGACCUGAUCUCAGAAGGUACACUCGAACGAAUCAAACUACUAAACGCGACAGCACCCGAGAAAGAUUCCAAGUCAAAAGAGAAAUCCUCCGAGACACUCGCCGGUAAUACCAAACUAGGCGAGGAUAGCCCAAAGAAGACACGCUCUCACGGUGUUAAUGGUAUUGAACCGAGGACCCUCGCUGCCGAAUUUUUUGUUGGACCUCUUGAACAGACAAAAAUCACGGCGACUGUAUCUGCAAAGCUCUCUUACUUGAUCGACAAUUUAGUCAAAUACCAAGAAGAGGAGAAGAUAAUCGUUUUCUACGAAAAUGAAAACGUAGCAUGGUAUCUGGCUAGCAUGCUUGACGUGCUUCAAAUUCAACACUUGAUUUACGCCAAAUCUUUGAAGGGAGAAAGGAGAGCACAAUAUGUCAAUACCUUCAAUCACAAUGAAAAAUUCAGAGUCCUCCUUAUGGAUAUCUCCCAAGCAGCGUUUGGUCUCGACAUGCGAGAGGCAUCUCGAAUUUACUUCAUCAACCCCGUGUUGAAUCCCCAGGUCGAAGCCCAGGCAAUAGGUCGUGCCCGACGAAUCAGUCAGAAGAAACCUGUCUGGGUUGAAACGCUUGUGCUGAAGAAUAGCUUGGAUGAAGUCAUCCUCGAGCGCAAGGGACAAAUGACUCAGGCAGAGCAUCGCCACGUCAAAUCGAUUCUGGAUGUGCGGCCGAUCUUCAACUGGAUCAAGAAUACCAAAAUUAGCCCAAUAGGCUCAAGCAGUGACAGCUACACUUCACAAAUGGCUACGCUACAUACCGCGCAAGCCGUCUUUGGUAGAGGUUUCGGAGUCACAGACCACCCAGAUGAGGGUAUUUUUUUGGAGGAGAGCCGCACACCGGACAAGAAAUUACCGGUGCAUCAAAAGAAGAGGCCAUACGAAGUCGGUCCAGGAAAUGAGGGAAUGGACACGGACGAGAACGCGGAGAUAUCCGAGCAAGAAGUGAUGUCUCAGCCAGCUCGGCGAGUUCGUUUUGCAGCUGAUUAG